AUGCCUUCUGUGCCACGGCGCUGGAUCAGGCGCCAUAACCCCCUGGACAGUGCCUGCGGUGCCACGUUAUACCCACGCAGCGUUUUUCUGGAGACGUGGAUAGCGGAUGGUGGAUGGUGGAGCAUCGCCUGCGUGGACGCGCAGCAUCAUCGCACUGUGCCGCUUGAAAAAAGAAGACAGAGAAGAAGAAGAAGAUAUUUCGGUCCCGUCCCCCGCUCCCCCCACCCCCCCUUUCUCUCUCUCUCUCUCUCUCUCUCUCUCUCUCUCUCUCUCUCACACACACACACACACACACACACACACACCGGGGCAUUAACACUGGAACUGGUCGCAGGGUUUACCGGAAUGGCUCGCUGGGGAUUUUAUGGCAUUUUGAUGGGGCUCCUGAAGCUCGGCUCUUCUUGUCCUACAUCUUGUUCCUGUAACACCUCGAGGAUCGCGUGCAUCUCUGAGGAUCCAGGAAUCGAGGAUAUUCCUCUCUUGGUGCCCGAGACUGACAUGGAAAACAUCACCGACAUGUAUAUCGCGAAUCAAAAUGGACUAUUUGAACUCAACGAGGACUGCAUGAAGUUUUACACAAAUCUCAGGAAUUUAACAAUAAUCAACACUCAGCUGAAGACUGUAUCUACAACAGCCUUCGUCUACAAUUCCAAACUUCAGUAUUUGAAUCUCAGAGACAACAGACUGUCAACGCUGUCAUGGACGGCGAUUCGUAAUUCCAACAUGUCAACUCUGCUGCUGGCUGGGAAUCCGCUGAAGUGUACAUGUGAGAACAUGUGGAUCAAGUCGUGGUUGGAUUUGAGUGAGCGAGAUCAACUCCAGUGUCGGCAGGAAAGCGGGAGACUGAGGACCCUCUCCAAUAUCACUGUCCCUUCAUGCGAGUUUCCACAGGUAGAGGUUGUCCCUCCUGUCGUUAGCCAGAUGGCAGGAAGUGAUGCAAUAGUGAUGUGUAGCGCUUCCGGAUCUCCUGCUCCUAUGCUUUUCUGGAAUUUGAACACCACUGAACAGCCGCUACUUUCAACCAACCAUGAGGUGAACACAGUUGACCUGCAGUCUAUGUUGUCGCUGAGGAACCUCUCCCACAGCGACAAUGGCCGAGAGAUCACUUGCAGCGCUGAGAAUAUUGUGGGUCAGACUGAAGCCUCUGUCGUCCUCAAUAUACUCUUCUCUCCGAUUAUCCUGGACCUGGACACGCCCGUGCGCAAACAGGAUUGGUGCAUCCCAUUCAGUGUGACAGGGAACCCCAAACCUGAGCUGCUGUGGUACCAUCAGGGCCAACCCCUGGAGGAGCAGGAUUACAUCAAGACUCAGAUCCACGAGGUGAUGGAGAGUGAGUACCAUGGCUGUCUGGAGCUUGAUAUCCCCACGCACAUUCACAAUGGUGUCUACACGCUAGUGGCCACCAACGAGUAUGGCAAGGACCAGAGGAACGUCACCGCGCACUUCAUGUUGAUCCCUGAAGUGGACCAGUCAGGGGCAGGUGGGUGGUUCUACUAUGACACUACUGAUGUUCCAGAAAUCCCAAGAAGUCAAGAGGGCAAAGUGGCCGUUUAUGCUGUGGUGGGGAUCGCUGGGGUUGCGCUCACUGGGUGUGUCUUGAUGCUGAUUUUUCUGAAGUAUGGUCGAAGCUCAAAGUUUGGGCUGAAGGGGUCCUCCUCAGUAAUCAGUAAUGACGACGACUCAGCCAGCCCACUCCACCAUGUCUCCAAUGGCAACAACACACCGUCGUCCUCCGAGAUGGGCCCAGACGCUGUCAUCAUCGGCAUGACCAAGAUCCCGGUCAUCGAGAACCCACAGUACUUCCGUAUUCCUGGCAGUGUGCUGAAAUCGGACACUUUUGUGCAACAUAUCAAGCGGCACAACAUAGUCCUGAAGAGAGAACUAGGAGAGGGAGCUUUCGGGAAGGUGUUCCUAGCCGAGUGCUACAACUUGUCACCAGACCAGGAGAAGAUUUUGGUAGCUGUCAAGACCCUGAAAGAGGCGAGUGAGAGUGGGCGGGCCGACUUCCACAGAGAGGCGGAGCUUCUGACCAACCUGCAGCACGAGCACAUCGUCACGUUUUACGGUGUGUGUGUGGAGAGCGAUCCCCUCAUCAUGGUGUUCGAGUACAUGAAGCACGGAGACCUCAACAAGUUCCUCAGGUCUCACGGUCCAGAUGCAAUUUUAAUGGCAGACGGACAGCACAGUUUGAUGGUGGAGCUGACUCAGUCGCAGAUGCUGCACAUUGCUCAGCAGAUCGCAGCCGGCAUGGUGUAUCUGGCCUCGCAGCAUUUCGUUCAUAGAGAUCUGGCCACACGCAACUGCCUGGUGGGGGAGAAUCUGCUCGUGAAGAUCGGAGACUUCGGCAUGUCCAGAGACGUGUACAGCACAGAUUACUACAGGGUGGGUGGUCACACCAUGCUGCCCAUCCGCUGGAUGCCUCCCGAGAGCAUCAUGUACCGGAGGUUCACCACGGAGAGUGACGUGUGGAGUUUGGGCGUGGUCCUGUGGGAGAUCUUCACCUACGGCAAGCAGCCCUGGUACCAGCUCUCCAAUAACGAGGUGAUCGAGUGUAUCACACAGGGCCGGGUUCUGCAGAGGCCUCGCACCUGCCCCAAAGAGGUAUACGACCUGAUGCUGGGCUGCUGGCAGCGUGAACCGUACAUGAGACUCAACAUUAAAGAGAUUCACAAUCUGCUCCAGAGCCUGGCCAAGGCCUCGCCUGUUUAUCUGGACAUCCUGGGCUGAAUGUCUGCGUGAGUGUGUGUGUGUGUGUGUGUGUGUGUGUGUGUGUGUGUGUGUACAAAAAAUUGGGCGUAAAUGUUCUUGCUUGUGCUUCUGCCUCUUUACCACAUAGACUAAAGGCCUUAAAGUUGAUCGCAUACAUUUCUGCCAAUUUUUUUGGGACAUCCGUAUCCUCUCUGCUUCAAAUUGUAUUUUUUUUUUUUUUUUUGAGUCGUGUGUGUUUCGACGGCGAACAAAAGGGAAAUCGGGCCGAUCGUUGUAAAUACUCCUGGACGGUUUUUUUUCCCCUCAUCGCAGUGACUGGAGGAACGAUUAGCCGAAGUACAAGCAAAACUAAAAGCAAAAAAAAAACAACAAAAAAAACCAUUUAAAAACAGAAAAGGCUGAUGCUUAAGUGUCCGAGAUGACAGACAUUUGUGAAACGUGGACAGUUUGGAAAAAGGGAAGCCAUUUUUCGUGAAAUUUAGCUUCAGACGGUCCUUUGUUGCCACCGUGAUGCCAUCUUCCCCCCUCCCCGUUCUCCCUCCUUAAUCUACACCUCCGAAAGAAAAUAAAAAAAAUGGAGAAAUCUCAAUUUAGAGUCACGGAAGGCUCAUUUAUUAGCACAACUUUGUCGCUGUCAUGGCCGCCAGUGUGGACUGCAAGACAACUGCUCAAGCUGGAAGGCCACCAGAAUGCGUUCUUCUUUUAAAAAUUGUUGUUCGGAUUAAGAAAUAACGAUGGAGUGAAGUUUUUUUGUCGUUGUUGUAUUUUUAACCGAAGCACAGUGGAAAAAUAUCGAAAAGUCUUCAUUCUGGUUAACCGCCACUGUAAAGCGGUUGUGCAGAUGUCAGGAUGGCGAUCGGUUCAUCUGUUUAUCGUCUAUCUUUUUUUUUGUUUUGUUUUUUGUGGUUUUUGGUGAGAGCACAGUAGCCAAAGUCACCAGCAGUGGAACUCCAUGUGAACGGUGAACGGACUGCCCCUAAACACAAGGGACUAAAUCAAGGUCAGGGCCGUAGUCCUGGUCUGGUGGUUCCAGCAAUGACACGAUGAGAGGAGACUCAGUGGCAAAAAAAAUGUCACCACAUUAAUAUUCCAUAGUGUUUUUAAUUGUUUUUUUGUUUUGUUUUUUGGAAUGACAGACAUGUCUAACUAAUACAAGGAGAUGGAUUUCAUUUGCACUUAUGAUUCUAAUCAUACAUCAUAAAUAAUUACUUAUCGGUUUUUAUAGGCUCUGUUAUUUACUAUGGAAAAAACCUGCUUUAAAUGUGCCCUUUGCUAUGUUUUUUUUUUUUUUUUGUGAUUUGAAAGCGGGCAGUUUGAAAGCAUUUGAUUUUGGUGGGCACUGUGAUGUGACACGAGCUGGCCUUCCCUGAGGUCACCACCAGGAGAUAAAGACCCUAUGAAGGGAGCCAGGAUUCUUCAGUGUGUGUGUGUGUGUGUGUGUGUGCGUGUGUGUGUGGGUCCCACCUGCUUUGUAAAAAGACGAGGAUACUUCCAGGAUGACUUACUGACCUUACUUACUCCUGCACUCAUAAAUCACGCUCUCGUGACAGACAAUUCGAUCGGAAUGAUCUGAUUGGUUAAUUCUGAAUGAACUCCGCCUCCUCCCGAGGUUACGAUUCAUGAACACACAGUAAGUCCUCCUGUACACGCAUCUUCUAAUCUUCUAUCAUUCGGUGGGCAUCUUCUCCUCCUCUCCUCUAGCGAUCUGUGCAAUCAAAAAUGUAAAUGCUCAUCAGCUACAUUUACUGUUCUUUGUACUCUGAUGUCGAACUCUUUCUGGGCGAUAAAACUCGAAUUUAUUUCUUUUUCUUUCCUCACAAGUUGCAGAAAGAAUGAUCAGCACUGCAAAAAAAAAAACAGAGAGAGAGAGAGAGAGAGAGAAGAGAGGGAAAGAGAAAAAUGCACAUAGAGACUUUGUUCUGUUUGAUAAUCAGAUUUUAAUAAUAAUAAUAAUAAUAAUAAUAAUCAUAAUCAUAAUAAUCAUAAAUAAUAUAGAAUUAUUUCUUUCAAUUUCAUUUUGAAAUUUGUUUAUUUAGCAGCA